AUGUAUAUAUCCGUCUUUUGCUGCCUUAGAAGAAUGGCAGACGCAACUCCAUAUAACCAGGACCUUUUCACAUGUCCGAUUUGUUUGGAUCUAUUCAAGGAUCCAGUAACUAUUCUCUGUGGACACAGCUACUGUAUGGCCUGCAUUAAGGGCUGCUGGGAUCAGGAAGAUCAGAAGAGAGUUUACAGCUGCCCCCAGUGCAGACAGACUUUCUCUCCAAGACCAGUUUUGAACAAAAAUAAUAUUGUUGCUGAACUUGUGGAGCAGACCAGGAAGACCAGAAUCCAUACUCCUUCUCUUGCUCACGGUUUUGCUGGACCUGGAGAUGUGGAGUGUGACGUCUGCACUGGGAGACAACUCAAAGCUGUGAAGUCCUGUCUGGAUUGUCUGUUGUCUUACUGUGAAACUCACUUCAAAGCCCACAAUGAUCUGAACCCAGGGAGAAAACACUCCGUGACUGAAGCCACUGGCCAGCUACAAGAGAGGAUCUGCUCUCGACAUAAGAAGAUUUUUGAAAUAUUUUGUCGAACCGAUCAGAGUUGUAUCUGCUAUCUGUGCACGAUGGACGAACAUAAAGGCCAUGACACAGUCACUGCUACAGCAGAACGGACUGACAAACAGAAGCAUUGCAGGGAGACCCAGAGUAAAAUCCAGCAGAGAAUCCAGGAGAGAGAGAAGAAGCUACAGGAUCUGAGGAAGGCUGUGGAGACUCUCAAGAGCUCUGCACAGACAGCAGUGGAAGACAGUGAGAGGAUCUUCACUGAGAUGAUCCACUCCAUUGAGAGAAGGUGCUCUGAGGUGAAAGAGCUGAUCAGAGCUCAGGAGAAGGCUGAGGUGAGUCGGGCUGAAGGACUCCUGAAGCGACUGGAGCAGGAGAUUGCUGAGCUGAAGAGGAGAGAUGCUGAGCUGGAGCAGCUUUCACUCACAGAGGAUCACAUCCAUUUCCUCAAGUCUUUCCAGUCCGUCAGUGACCCAUGUCAGUCUAAAGACCUAUCCUGCAUCUCUGUGAACCAAGGCGUCUCUUUUGAGGCUGUGAAGAAAUCUGUCUCCUCACUAAAGGGGCAGCUGGAGAAUUUCUGCAAGGAGGAAGUCAUGAAGAUAUCUGCAGCAGUGACUCAAAUCCUUGCCAUUCUGACCGAACCGGUGACCAGAGAGGAUUUUUUACAAUACUCCUGCCACUUCACACUAGAUCCAAACACAGCACACAGAGUCCUCUAUCUGUCUGAGGAGAACAGGAGGGUGGAGAGGAGAAAGCAGUUCCAGUCAUAUCCUGAUCAUCCAGAGAGAUUUGAUGGGUGGUCUCAGGUGCUGUGUAGAGAGGGUGUGUCUGGACGCUGCUACUGGGAAGUUGAGUGGAGUGGGGAGUGGGUUAAUAUAUCAGUCUCAUAUAAAAGCAUCAGCAGGAAAGGAGAGGGUGAUGAGUGUAGGUUUGGAUGUAAUGAUCAGUCCUGGAGUCUGGACCUCGACAGCAGCAGCUCCUCUUUCUGGCACAAUAAUAAACAGACUGAUCUCCCUCUAGUGGCCAGCUCCAGAAUAGGAGUGUAUGUGGAUCACAGGGCAGGAACUCUGGCCUUCUACAGCUUAUCUGACACAAUGACCCUCCUGCACAGAGUCCAGACCACAUUCACUCACACACUCUACCCUGGGUAUGAGCUACAUAUUGGAUCAUCAGUGAAGCUGUUGUGACAGACAUACAGAUCAAUGCUGUUAUCACAUCUCUACACACAGCCAUAAACACAUCACAUCUCAUCACCACACAUAUAACACACCACACACAUGUAAGGAUCUGACAGCUGGGCCUGAGGGUCUCUGAUCUUGGGGUGAACAUCAGACCAAUGUACACGUCUAAUGUAAGGUUUACUAUGAAACCAAUCGUGUCAUUUUUGUGUUGUGUCAUUUUCAUGAGCCUGUGUUAGUCAAAUUAAUUCAUACAUAAAUGAAUAGAAUUGUAAUAACAGAAAUCCACUUUUGAGAAGGUUGAUAGUCCCUCUUUUAUUGUAAAUAAGGCUGAUGUAAGAUCUACUAUGAAGCUCAUUAGCUCAUUAGGUUUUGUUGACUAGAAGUAAAUCUUUUAUCCAAUUUUUCACUCAUCAAAAAAAAAACUUUUUCCAGGUGGUUCCCCUGGAAAUGGCUGCCCCAAUCACCAAAGACUUGCAUACAAAAUGAAUGAUAUGCUUUGGGUCUCAUAUAAUGGUUCAUGUUACAUUUGCAUUUAAAAAAAAAAAAAAG